GGUUUGCUCGGUGCCACCACCACCGUCGUCGUCGUCGAUAUCGUCUACGAUCAAUUCUGCACUCUACCCGUUCACGAUCACAAGACCGGUAGAGUCUACUGCCUAGGCCUAUUGCAUACCCGCGAAAGUGCUAGCUUCCUGUUCGGGUUCUGAGCAGUACCGUCUUGACUGCGUUCGUCCUCGAAAUCAACUUCUUUCGAACUGCCUGGUAUCACACAGUUGGCCUCUGGAACACCAUAAGCAGGAUGGCACCCGGAAGGACAUUUGGGACUGAGGGGCCUGUGGUAGACGUGAGCGAUCAGCCACCAGGUCGGCUGGGUGAUUCGCAGCAAGCUCGUCGCAUCUCGGGACGCGUCUCCUUCUCCGAUACUGUUCAUCGACCAAGUUUCUUUGCUCGGAGAAGAAGCGCAGUGGAUGAAGAGGCAAGUGGAGGCCCCACAGCUCAGGAACGGCCUGCUAUCCCGAGCGCUCUACAACCAGGAGAGGCAUAUAGUACUCCACUACCCGUUCUGUCCAUGGUUGUCUUGUCAAUUACUAUGCUUGGCGAAUUUUUAUCUGCCAAUGUCUCCGCCCCUUUCAUAUUAUUCAUGGUGCAAGGUUUCGGCCAAUUCCCCGACGAAGCUCGUGCAGGAUACUGGACAGGCAUCUUGGUGUCAAUGUUCUUCCUCACUCAAUUCCUUACAUCGCUUCUCUGGGCGACGGUGGCGGCGAAGCAUGGGCAGCGUAUCGUGUUGUUCAUCUCGCUCCUCGGGAGCGCCAUAACAUGCUCACUCUUCGGAACAUGUACAUCCAUCGAAGAAGCUAUUGCCGUGCGAUUGAUGCAGGGUAUAUUCGCCGGUGCGAUCGGCGUCGCGCGUGGGUGCGUGACGUUGAUUACCGACCAGAGCAACGAAGGGAGGGCAUAUGCGAUUCUUGGCUUCUGCUGGGGAUUUGGAGGUGUUGCUGGUGCCAUCGUCGGUGGGACUUUCGAAUCGCCCGCAAGAAAGUGGCCAUCUGCCUUUAAUGAUAUUCCCUUGUUUGUAACGUAUCCAUACCUGUUGCCCUGUCUCGUAGCAUCGUCGAUCACAUUCAUAGGCUCUGUCCUGUGUCUCUUUCUAGGCCCAGACUGCGGCCCACGCGAAGGUGCCAUCCAUUUGCCGCAGGAGAAGAUUGACACCAUACCCGAAGAAGACACCGUGCCCACAACUCCGCUUUUCGAAGAGAGCGAAUCACACAGCCUGUACGGAACGCUUAGACGAAAGCUGUCAGGCAGACUCUCAGGCUACUUCUCAUCUCGUGCGUCUGUUGCCGAUGGUCCUUCGUCGCCUCCACAAGAACAGCCGUUGCCCUUGUCGUCGACACCAUCUCGAAGCGAUCUCAACAAAGCGCGAACGAUAUCCCAAAUGAGUCGCGCGAACAGUUCCGCGUACGGGUACAGCGGUUCGUACAGGAAUCGUCUCUCGAGCGCCUACGGCGCCACGCCACGCGCGAGCAUGGCUCUAUCGAUUCGCCGGAGGCGAAGCAGCGCUGCGGAUGGUCAUCAGUCAUCGAUGGGCACUGCAACGGGCAACUUCGCGCAACGUCUCUUGAUGGCGAACGAGAACGCUGUGACGAACAUUGCCGACCUGUGGGUUGCUGCAGCAAUGAACGCCGAUAAUGAGGAAGCGUUCGAAGAUGAUGGCGAAUUUGAUACAGAAGCGGAGGCUAUCGACGAGGAGGCGGUGAGCGGGGAGGCUGGGGAAGCUGGAGAACUGGAGGAGGACGUGUUCGGCUCCCGGGCUGCCACACCGACUUUGCGGGACAAUCGGUUCUCGCGUCCAGAAUCAUACACGAGCGUGUGGUCUCAGGCCAAGCGGCCUUCGUUCUCCGCGGGUACCUCUACCGGCAGACGACCCGCUCCCAUCGGCUCCCCUCGCCGUUUGUCACAAACCGGCCGCUUGUCCUUUGCGCGUCAGCGUUCCUCCAUGCUUUCACCUUCUCUUGGGGGCGAGGAACCCCAGACGCCGAUGCUGCAUCGCCGGACGUCUUCUUUCAUUCCACCGAUUUUUUCACAUGUGGGCGUGCGCACGCCUCCCGCAGUCCUCGAAGCGCAGCAGCUGCUAUCACAGCUCGAUGAACAGGCCGGCGGCGACUCGUUAGCCCCGAUUGUGGAGGGCCGCCCUGCAGUACAGACAGAUAACGAGGUUGUGGAUUCGGAGAAGGAGCCUUCCUUGAUCAAGCUGCUGCCGAAUAUGAUCAUCAUCCAAUACGGCUUACUGGCGCUUCACGCUACGACACACGAUCAAGUGUUCUAUCUGUAUCUUGUCUCCAAGUACCCUCUAGGAGGAUUGAACCUCAACGCGGGACACUUCUCCCAAUUGAUUGCGUUGAUGUGCCUCGCGCAGAUUGCCUACCAGUUCUACUUGUAUCCCAAUAUCGGGCCGCCUCGAGGUAGAUUCUCCCACUUGGCUAUGUUCCGCCUUGGAUCCCUAUUGUUCAUCCCGUCGUACCUAUCCGUAAUCCUGUAUCGACCGCUUGCUAGUGCAAGCACGGACGGGAACCCUAUCCUCAUGGCCGUUCUUGCCCUCAGCACCGCAGUGAGAUUCUGUGGGAGUACGUUCAGUUACACUGCAGUCUCCGUCCUCCUGAAUUACAUGUCCCCACCUCACACCAUCGGAAUUGCCAAUGGCAUAGCGCAGAGUAUUGUCAGCCUUGCACGGUUCUUCGGGCCGAUUCUAGGUGGCAUCUUGUGGUCCAUGAGUGUCGAGAAUGGACCGACCGGCUAUGCUCUUGGAUUCUUCGCAUGCGCAGGUGCAUGCGCUCUCGCUAUCUCUCAUAGUUUCUUCAUACGCUGAGUUGGGUCGCAAUUUGCUUCGCGUUCACUUGUAAUGCGCGAUUCAUCCUCCUUCAUGACGCCGAGCAAAGCGACAUCCUCUCCCUCUCCCAUCAGAGCUUCUCGAUAAACCUUUCCAUAGAGAUACCCUGUCUCGUAUCUUUCUUUCUCGCCUGCACGUACCGUAAUUGACGGAAGGACUAUGAAACACCUCUGUAAUGUAGCAUCGCUGUGUGUAGAAGUUUCGUUAGUCCGACAUAUAAAAUAUACUGG